CUAAAUUAUUUGUGUAGAAAUCAAAGAAAAAAUCAUUGCGUAUAUUUGGUAACUAGGUUAGAGUUUAAUCAAGUAGCUAUCUAACUGAUUUCUUUUGCAAGAAUCAUAAUUUCGUGCUUUUCCCAGAUGAAUCGUUGCAUCCUCCGCAGUAUUAUUUGCUUCUGUUACAUAUGUUUGAUUAUGGUUACACUUUUUGGGUUUUGGUCUGUUUGAACUUAUGUAAUAAUUUUUUCGCAGUUUGCUUCUUUUUAAUCUUGUUCGUGAAAAUGGAUACGCGGUAUUUACCAAACAAAAAACAAAAAAAUUUGGAUACGCGGCCAGAAGCCAUGUGGCGAGAGAAAAGUAGAUCAAGAAUGGAGCUGUGCACGCGGAUGGUAAAACAACUGCUGCUCAAGGAGGUUGAAAAGGGCAAUCAUGAGAACCUUGUGUUGUCGCCAUUGUCGAUCGAUGUUGUUCUUAACAUGGUGGCUGCCGGAUCAAGAGGUCGUACUUUAGAGAAGAUGCUAGACUUGCUCGGUUCCAAAAACAUCGACGAAAUCAAAUCGCAAUCCUUGGAGAUGAUGGCGGUUGCAACGGGUGAUCAAUACCUCAAUAACGGCGACGAUGAACCGAUUUUGUGUUUGGUCAAUAGAGCAUGGUUCGACCAACGUUUUACUCUAAAGCCUUCUUAUAAAGAGGAUGUACUUGAGGGUGUCUACGGUUGUGAGGCCAAGAAGGUUGAUUUCGUGACCCGGGGUAAUGAAGUGGUAGAUGAAAUAAACUCGUGGGCUCAUUACUACAAUAAUAGAUAUACGCCACACUAA